AUGACAGGAACAUGGACUAGAGGCCAACACCUUGACAAAAGCAGAAAUUUUAGCCACUUAGUCAGACUAGUUAUGAGAAAUCCUGCCCGAGUUCAGGCUGAGCGCCGACACUUCGCUUACUCACUCACUUUUCCCUCAGCCCUGCUGGAGUGUGCUGCUGUCUUUUUUUCCCCCCUUACAGCGCUAAAUGAGCGACUUUAGAAACGUCGUUACCUUUGUUUAGGUACUCGGACACACUCCUCAACUCUUUCAACUCGUUGUUUUUUCACCGUAGACAUGUCAAAUCGGACUUUUUACAGCGAAUUUCUGUACAAUUUGCCCGCGGCUGCGUUUCACGAGUUCACCCGAGUCAUGGAUUCACUCCCGGAUUCAGACUGGCUCAGAUUUGCCUCCAGAGUAAUAUGUGAUCAGACAGAGCUCCGGCUUGUGGAGCAGAGCGGCAGGCGGACGGCCACACUAAUGAACAAGUGGGAGAACAGGAAUGCCACAAUUGGAAAUCUCGUCACCCUCCUGGAGGAUCUGCAACUGUUGAGACCUCGAGAUAUCAUUCUUAGAUUGGGACAUAUUUCACAGCCGAGCCCUGUCUCGAGCUCCGUGCCAUCGCCGAGCCUCACCUGCCGCAGCUCACCCUCUCCAUCACUCUUUACCGCCUCUAAAGACGUCACCCGAUCCCUCCCUAUUCUAGAGAGCAAGCUGCUACCCAAACCUGGACCUCCACCACCUGAUCUGACCAGAUUGUGUCCCUGUCCAGCCUCAACAGUUUCCAAUGGAAGAAAAAAAGAAGAGCAUCCUUGCGGGAGCUGUGACGCUCAGUCGCCCUGGGUCACCCCGGGUGUUAUGUGCUGGCCGUUUCACGAGGUACAGCAAGGUACGGACAAUUUCUCGGCAGCCAGGCAGAUUGGAGAGGGAGGUUUCGGCCACGUGUACCGCGCCACCAUGAGGAACACCGACUUUGCAGUGAAGAGGCUCAAAGAGGAUUCCCAUUUGGGAUGGAGUGUGGUGAAGGAAAGUUUCAGGACAGAGGUGGAAAGACUCUCACAAUAUCGACAUCCGAAUAUAGUGGACUUGUGUGGUUACAGCGUGGAAGGUGAAACCUACUGCCUUAUCUACGCGUACAUGCCCAGUGGUUCUCUGGAGGACCGGCUGUGCUGUGAGAAAGUCUCUGCCCUCUCCUGGUCGCAGCGGGUAAAAGUGGUGCUGGGUUCGGCGAAAGCUCUUCAGUACCUCCAUUCCUGCUCUCCUGCGCUCAUCCACGGAGAUGUCAAAAGCUCCAACAUUCUCUUAGGGGAACAUCUGGAACCGAAACUGGGUGACUUUGGUCUGGCGCGGUUGUGUCGUAACCCUAGCCGAACUCCAGGGAAGACCAGCAGUGUGGCUCAGACCUCUACAGUGCGUGGCACGCUGGCCUACCUGCCCGACGAGUACCUGAAGGACGGCCACCUGGGCAUGGAGAUCGACGUUUAUAGCUUCGGAGUGGUGUUGCUGGAGGUACUGACGGGCAGAAAAGCUUUAGAAACCAGCAGCCAUUCCAAGAAUGUUUACUUGAAAGACCUGGUAUCCGAACUGGAAGACGACGGGAGAAGUUAUAGCAGAAGGAAGGACACGACUCGAGAGCUCUCCAACUCGCAGGCAGCCGAAAACAUCUGGAAGAAGCAUCUGGAUCCUUGGCUGAUGUCGAAAGGAACGUCUGGCCCUGACGGGUCGAAAGAAGUUGCACAGCUGGCCUGUCGCUGCUUAGACCGCCGGAGAAAAAAGAGGCCUCCCAUGACUGAGGUCUGCGAUACUCUCCUGGACGUGCAUAAAGGCUUGGAGGCUUUGAGUGGGACCGUCACGGACAGAUUGUCAUCUCCUCCUUCUCCUCCUCUUCAUCAAUAUUUGUCCAGCCCAAAACCUCUAUGCUCCGUGGACUCUCUCUCGCAUCAGUUCUCGAGGCUCGGCCCUCAGGAGAACACUUUCUGCUGCUCGCACAACAACCACAGCUUCCCACGCCCCCCUUCCCCAGUGACUUGCUCAGAACUCCCCGAGUCGGGACGGCGGGAAGGACCAUCGGACAGUCGCUAUUCCUCGUUCCGGGCGCCGUGCGAAUCGGACGAGAGUCAAGGCUAUUCGCAGUAUUAUUCACCACCAUGCACAGCGCAGAGAAACGCGAUGGCGCCUCAGCCGUGGCCUGAGGGAAACGCCCACAUCAGGGCCUCGCAGUCAGACAGCUUCUCGAUAGUCACGCCGAUGCCACUGAGUGUCACUUCAGAUGACAGAGUUAUUAUUAAUCCGGUCAGACGGCGCUUAGUUGAGAAAAUGGCACUUUACGAGGAAGGUCGAAUCCUGUCCUCGGACCUCUUCUCGUCUGGGGGUUCAUCAAAUGGAGAGUUGCCAAGACAACCACGGGAACCUGAAGAGAGCGACGAGUUCGCUAGCAGUCUAGCCUAAACCUAUGAAACUGAUAUAUCUAUUGACUUAUUCCAACACUCGAGAGGAAAUCGAGCUUAGCUGGUCAGGAUUUCCCAACACCAAAUGUUCUCAAUACCACAAUGGUGAACCACUAACAGUUUUAUUAAUACCGUAUGAAUUUUCUUUUCUUUUUUUUUUUUUUUAACAAUUGUAAAAAUUGGAUGGACAAACAUGUGCUGGCUAACCACAAGACGAUGUUUCCUGUAUAAAUCAGGAAGGUAUGUAGAAUUAAAGAGAACACUGAAUAAUAUGAAGAACUUUAAGUUAAAUCCUGGAUCCUUUACAUUUUUUAGAUCACAAGUCUUUGGAACCGAGUCUUUGGUUCUUCUGUCCUGAAAGUGGACACUGGUACGGAACAGAAUGAGUCAAACCGCAUCACUGGCAGUAAUACCCGUCGAUAUGUUGAAAUUUCAGUGAAGGCAAACGGUUUUGAAGCCAAGCCUGGCUGCUCUUGGGCUGGAUUUUUUUUUUUUUUUUUUUUGGCUGCCUUGAUUCUGUGACUGCACAUUUCAUGAAGUUGAAAACAUGCGUCUGAUCGGUUUAGAAUGGAAAGACUUGUAUAAAUGUUGUCGAAGUGAAUAGAAUCUACAUUUUUUAAGAAAAAAUUUUGAUGGGUUAAAUUACACUUGAAUGAAAAAUUAUUUUUCUUGAGUGUGCUGUGAUUUCAACACCUUUCCUGUCAUGAAUGCUGGCUUUAUGAUUUCCCUUGACCACAGACUUGCAGUUAAACAGUUUACUCUUUCUUUUUUUUUUUUUUUUCGGUCGGACCAUUUCUGUCUCACCCUUCUCGCGUCGUGGCUCAGAAUUUGCUGACCAGCCCAAUAAGUCAUAAGCUAAAUCAUGUAAACGUUACAUUAGUGCAAGAGUACAUUUACAGGAACUACACAAGGGAUUGCAUUUGUCAUAAACAAGUCUUCGCUCUUGCAAUCUUCUGUAGGAGCUCAACUCGGUUCAGUGUCAUUAUCCACAACCAAGUGUUUUACAUUUAACUCUGACUUACAUAUAUUUGGGCAAGAAUUGCCAGAAGUGUGUGAUAAGUCAGAAAUAUCAGCACGGUAUAUGCAGUACGAUAUUCACUUUUGUUCAGUGGACAACAUGUUUUCAUUUCUUUUGGCAGAACAGUGGUAUUAUUUUGUUUAAAAAUCUAGAAAAACUUAGAAUUAACACUGAAAAUGUAAUAAUAUGUCUAAAAAGCUGCUUUCUAACAAUUUUCUAAAAAUCCUUUAAUGAUACUAAUGAUAUCUAAAAAGACUAAACGUAAUGUAUUGUGAUGCUUUAAAUAUCACGAUAUUUAUCGACAUUAUUAUAUUGUCAGAUCGCUCAGCCCCUAAUUUCUCUGUCUGACAUGGUACGUUCCUGUUGGGUUUUAAUGAAUUUUGGUGAAGGGAAAAAAUAAAAGAUAUUAACAUUGUGUAAAAUACCA